CGCGGCUUGACUCUGGUUUGAGGAGCAUGCAUGGCGCAGGGACGGUGAGGAAGAACCAGCUAAUCUGCAGUUGCAGGACUCCUACCAACCUGGAUAUUUUCUGAGAUCAUGCGGAAAUCCUGAAAUGAGGCUGUGAGAUGCUCUCGCUCCUGAACGCGCGGAUAACCACACGGGCCCCGCUGAUGAACACGAGCAGAUCGGGUCUGAGGAAUACCUGCUGCUGCAUUCAUAAACACUUCUUUAGGACUCACAGCAACCCCUGAGCUUUGUUUUGGGGUCGCAAAACAUUGCCUUUUCGUUUGUGUGUGUGUGUGCGUGUGCGUGUGUACAAUGGCCGAGAAGGGCAACAGCAGCACGGAGCAGCUGGUGGGCAUUGACAGGCUUCGAGAGGAACACCAGAAGGUUGUGAGAGACUGUGAAAGUCGGAUUCAGCACUGGAAUAAAGUAUCCGGCGACUAUGAGGCCCUAGCAGACCGCCUCAAGACUCUCCCAGAUCAACUUUCUUAUGAUAUCAUGGUGCCGUUUGGCCCUUUGGCCUUCAUGCCUGGGAAACUGGUGCACACCAACGAGGUCACCGUGUUGCUCGGAGACAACUGGUUCGCCAAGUGUUCUGCCAAGCAGGCUCAGAAGAUCGUCGAUCACAGGAUGAAAUAUGUGCAGCGUGAACUUGAUGAUCUGCACCGGACAGCGAAAAACUUUGAAGCCAGAGUGGGGUUCGUGAAGGAGCUAGAACAUGUGUCAAAUAGUGAAGGAGGCUUUGUUGACAUCAAAGAGGAGGUUGGAAACAAUGAGGCUGUUGUCACCAAAGGAAAGCACAGAAUAGCGCACAAACCCAACUCCAAGCCCAAACUGGAUGCCGUGUUGGAUCUAGACGAGGAGAAAGGGGAGAGUGGAGGAGAGAGCGGAGAUGAGGGGAGCAGAAAAGGCAUACUGACAGAGGAGGAGCUGUGGGCCAGGCUGGACGAGCUCGAGAGACAGGAGGAGCAACAGGAUGAGCAGGACAGGCUGUCUGACACUGCUGACACAAACGGCGAGGACACGUCUUCUUCCUCUGAGGAGGAGAAAGAGGGCGACGCUGCUCAUCCGGUGAACGGGUGUCCGAAGCCGAGCUGGACGUCCGUGCCUCACAGCAAACUGCCGCCCAGCAGAGACAUGAUAGAGGAGGAAGACGAAGAGGAAGGCAGCUGUUUGCCCACCAUCUAUUUCUCUCACACGGUCGAACCCAAGAAGGUGAGAAUAAACACGGGAAAGAACACCACGCUGAAGUACAGUGAAAGGAAAGAGCAGAAGGAACAUUCGAAGAAGAAAAAGAAAAACGGCCACAACAACGGUCACUCUCAUCAUGAACUUCACAAAAUCACAACACCAGCCGACAUCUACAGGUUAUUUGUGGAUGUGAAGAACGGGGAGCCCAUCCCGAGAAAGUCCAUCUUGAAGUCGCGAAGCCGAGAGAACAGCGUCUGCAGCGACACCAGCGAGAGCAGCGCCGCAGACUUCGAGGAGCGGCGCAUCAUCGGACGCAGCUUCAGCCACGACGAGGCGACGCACAGCGACACCAGCGACGGCAUCACGGAGGAGGACAGCCCCACGGCGGUCCCGCUGCACCCCGCCAGCCGGUUUGAGGCGUUUUCAGGCACAGUGGUAGAGAAGGACCCGAUGCCCACGGUGGUUCCCCAUCUGACCAUCGCCCCACCAGCUCUGCCCACAAUACUGGAGAGGAAACAGGAGGAGGUGGCUUCAGAUGUGGCUCCCCCGGCCCAGGAGCCCCCCAAGAGGGUGUCAAAGUUCAAAGCCGCCAGGUUGCAGCAGAAGUGACCAUUAAGGAGCAAACAAUAACUCCUUUUUUUUUUAAAACGCCGUUUUUUUUCUAUGACUGAUAAACUGAACAAACCAGAAACUGUUUCUCCUUUGUCUCAGCUUUCUUCAACUCUUCUUUUCACUCACUUACUGAUCCACUGCUUUAACCAGACAGGCUUUCUAUAACUACCUAUGAUUAUUCUGUGAGAAACAUUAGCAAUGUUUAGAAAGUUAGCCUUUUGCGUUCUGGCUUCACCAUUACUCCUCCUCGUGUGUGCAGCACUGCUUCGGUGAGCCCCAAGCCUCCAUAGUACUUCAGUUCAGAAAUAUACUGAAUAAAAACGUAGUUUAUUUUGCAAAGUACCGGCACUGGUCCACCUCGCUGUAGCGCUUGUUUUGUGGUGGCUGUUGUUCUUCCAGUGUCUUACAUGUAAUGUGACAAUUGCAGCGUUUACCUGUCUGCUACUUUUCUGUUGAUCCAUGACAUUGCCUGCUUAUGGUAAGACAAUAGGCUUUGCCACAUGAAUUGCCUUUUUUUUUUUUUUUUUUGAUUAUUCAACAGGAUCAGCUGCUGGCUGUCAUGUUUUUUCUCGACCUGCGUAUUGAAUGUAUGUCCCCUCUGUCAGCACAUUUAUGUUAGAAAAGAAAAGAUAAAAAAAAAAAAAUGUUGCAAGCUUGAAGGAAAAAAUACAGGACUUUGGCUACUUGUCUUGUUUCUUCUUUUUUUGUCAGCAGUGUUUGAUCUACUGCACAGUAUGUACAGUAGCCCCUACACACACUCAUCUCAUAAUGUUUGUCAAGACAUUAUCCAGAGACUUAGAUGGUUUAUUAAAAAUAUAUCCAACAGGUU